AUGACAUUUGCUGGUUCCACUGACCCAUGUGCAGUGUGCGUCCUGAAAUCGAUUGGUUGUGUUGGUGGCAAUGUCAACAAUUCGCAUGCCGAGAAACUUUACAAGCUGCUCAACGAGGAGCUCAAAAUUCCAAAAAAUCGCUGUUACAUUGAAUUCGUCGAUAUAGAUGCAUCAGCGAUGGCCUAUAAUGGACAUACAUUUGGAUAA